AUGAGCAGCAGGCGUCGUUCAGCUGGCUAUACCGAGAAACUAAAAUGCGCUCUAAAUUCGUUCAGAAGUAAGAUUUUACCGGAACAACGUUUUACGGCUGGUGAAUUACGAGCUCUUUAUAGAGCAUUUAAGGAUACACUGCCCAUCUGCAGAAAUUCAUUUCGUGAUAUUUAUGCUAAUAUUUUUCCUCAUGGUGAUGUGGAACAGUUUGCUGAUUUGAUAUUUGAUAAUAUUGGACGUCAACAUGCUCAGUACCUAACAUUUAUGGAUUUCGUCAAGGCAUACUCGAUUCUGAUAAGAGGAACAAUGGAGGAAAAAUUAAACUGGAUGUACAAGAUAUAUGAUCCCAAAAAUACCGGUAAAAUCGAAUGGGAACAAAUUUUUAGGAUUAUCACCGCUACUAAUGAUUUAAUUGGAAUCAAGGCAAUGCCGAUAAUAUCACCAGCUCAACGAAUAGAACAAGCUAGACAAAUUGUACAGAAAUUUGAUCAUGAAAAUAAAGGAUGGAUAUCGCGGGAAGAUUUCAUGGCAGUAUGCAGCCAAGACGAAAGUAUUCUUCAAUCAAUUUCAGCACUCUGUACGUAA